GUACUCCCCCAUCCCAUAAUACACAUAACUCAUACGAUGUGUUUAUAAUCUACCAACAAAGUGAUGGUCCACCAGAUCGACGGCCGAACGUUUUUCUUUUCUUUUUUUAGGAACCUCUAGCACAUCUCUUUCAUUGUAUAGUACUCCCUCCGUCUGGAAAUACUUCUCAGAUAAAUGGAUAUAUCUAUAUGUAUUUUCGUUCUACAUACAUCCAUUUUAUCCAUUUUCCGACAAGUAUUUUCGCAUGGAGGAAGUAUAUUUAAGAUUGGAAUAUAUGAUUUCAUGAAUGUUUUUUUUUCAAAUGUGUGAUAUACUGUAAAAGGUCCUCUUGAAAUUGCGAUUUUGCAUAAUUAACUCAUACCUUUUCUGCUUGCUCACGACAGUGCAACCGUACACUUGAUGAACAGCGCACUUAACAGCGACCAUGUUGUUCCCUUCGAUUAUUGGACCCUUUUCCUCCUCACAUAUGACUGUCCAGCUACUGUGCUUCCCCGACAGUAACUGCAAACCAGACACAAGCUCACAAAUCAAUCUAGAAUUUAAGGCAACUAAAUAGACAACUUCCAUUUGCCCUAAAUAGGCUUCCUCCGACGAUUAGACCUCGCCGGCCGAGUCAUUAGCUGGACAAACCAACGCAUGGAUCAGCCCCCUCUUCUUGGGAGCGGCCCCAGAGCCGCAGCCAUUACCCACAAUGGAUCAGCUCCCUCCUUCGUCGCAAUGGAUCAGUACGCAGCCUCUACAUCAACUUCACCACCGGAAAAGGCGCCGAUGGCAGCAGCGUUCCGGGCCCCGGAACUCUGUGGAGAGUCCAGCUACAACAGGAGAUCAUCUGACACGAUCAAGGCCAAGAUCAUGUCCCACCCUCUCUAUCCGGCUCUCCUCGGAGCCUUUAUAGACUGCCGGAAAGUCGGAGCGCCGCCGGAAGUUGUUGGUCGGCUCUCCUCCCUCUUCGACGAGCUCCGGCCAAAUUCAGCCGACAUGCAGGAACAGCCGGCGGACCCAGAGCUCGAUCAGUUCAUGGAGACCUACCAUGAUAUGCUGGUGAUGUACAGUCAGGAGCUCACGAGGCAAAUCCAAGUAGCCAAUGAGCUCAUGAGGAGCGCUGAAGCCCAUAUCGACUCAUUUGCACCAGGUGUGUGCAUGCCAACUGGCGGCAACAACUACAACGAGUGCGAGGGUUCUUCCGAAGAUGAGCAGGAGACCGGCGACGUCGCCGGCCUGCCUUCCGGCGAGGGCAAGCAGCUGACGAGCCAGCUCCUGGACAAGUACAGCGGCUACCUGAGAAGCCUCUGGAGGGAGCUCUCCGGGAAGAAGAAGAAGAGCGGCAGGCUGCCGAGGGAGGCGCGCCAGAGGCUCCUGCACUGGUGGCAUCUGCACCACGGAUGGCCCUACCCAUCGGAACCGGAGAAGUUGGCGUUGGCGGAGUCGACGGGGCUCGACACGAGGCAGAUCAACAACUGGUUCAUCAACCAGAGGAAGCGGCACUGGAGGCCGGCGCCGCCGGCGAUGGGUAGCAGGUUGCAGCACAUCGACGCCGGUGCUUCCAGCAGCAGCUCUCCUGCCGUCCUUGGGAUGGAAGGCCAGCAAUUCACCGGACGGAGUGGGUAUCCCGACGGUGGUCCGUUUUGAGACCCUAAUCAGUCGACUGCAUGCCCCGCAUCGUGUGCUAGCUCGCUACCAUUGUGCACGCGCGUAUGGAGUACAACACGCACGCGCUUCCGGACGUGCAUGCAGUAGAUUCAUUGCAAAGUGAAGUUUACAUGUGUAAUAAUGGAGCGUAAAUGAGAUCAACUUUUUUUAGGCAAAAUUGUAUGGAUCAUGGGGUUCGACAAGCCAAAUGUGCCGCCCCUGAUCCAAUGAAUGUGAAAACUUGGCUAACCUAUCAACAUUGUCAAGGAGACGUAAUGGCAGAAGCUUGGUCAUUGCCUUGUAUACGUACCAUGCAAAAUAAUGGUUGCUACAU